CAUGCCAAGCCCCUUCCGACACUACGGAAUUCACUCAAAAGCAUGCUUUUUGUAACUAUUUUAUUUUUCAAGAAGUAACUCUAGAGCUUUACACUUUUGCUUGUCAAAAUUCUUGUUAUGAUUUUUUAUUAUUUUUAUUCUGAAAAGAUUUCCAUCUUCAAAAAGUUUGGCAUGUUGAUAAAAAUUGUUUCAGAUUCAAUCUCUGCAGAUUUCUAAUCCAAUUCAGAUUUUUUAGAAGAAGAAGAAGAAGAAGAAGAAGUAGAAGUUAUAGAAAUUAAAAAAAAAAAAUGUUUGUUUUGCUGAAAUAAAAUGUAGAUUACUGUGAUUACCUCAAAAUGCAAUGCAAUGAUUACCUCAAAAUGCAAUGCAAAUUUUGUUACUUUAUAUCGUAAAAAAAAAUAUAUAUAUAUAAAAAAGAUAAUAAAAAAUUUCACAUUUAACAGACCUUGAAUAGUUGAUUUAGAAAAAAACAUUAAAACAAAACCCAUACGUACAAGUUAGCAGUUGCAGAGAGAGAGAGAGAGGCGGGCAAGCUUGAGAGUUGAGAGACAGCAGGCCAGCGGCUGAAGCUUGCGAACGGCGAACCCGAACUGGAACAGCGGGCAAUGGAAACUGAAAGAUAUGGGUUUUGACUUUUUGAACAAUCUGAAAUGAUAUGCCGAUAUGGAUUUUGAUAAAUGUCAUAUGUAAUUUGCCCAAACCUCAAGGGACGUCGAUCGUGAAGGCUGAAAGGCUCUGACUCUCUUGUGCGGCUGUGAAGGCAGACUAACAGUAAAGUGGUAAGUAACUUAAAUCCAAUUGUGAGCUUCAGUGCAAGUGCUUUGUCCUUAAGGCGUAGGUAUGAAACAACAUCGUGGAUCAAACCUGAACAAAUGAGUUGCAUCAUAAGUCUCCAACGUGGUUUCAGUUAUGACUAUCCAUUGGAGCAAGUCGUUCAUCUUCAAGCUCAAGGCCACAUCUUUCGUGCUCAUGAGGAGACCUCAGUGGCAGCUCUAUCACCAUUUGAUCACAGCAUGCAUUCCCAAGAAUCCGUCUGUUUCACUUCGUUGCUUUGCAUCAAAAUCAAAAUCAAAACCAAAACCAAAACCCAACAAUUCCAGGACCAUAGACUUCAUCUCGUUGAACUACAACAUCACGUGUUUAAUCCGAAAUGGUCGAAUCGAUGAUGCCAGGACAAUGUUUGAUAAAAUGACCCAACGAAACACUGUCACGUGGAAUUCAAUGAUUACUGGGUAUGUGAAACGAAGAGAGAUGUCAGAGGCACGGAAACUGUUCGACGAAAUGCCAGAAAGGGACAUUGUGUCUUGGAAUUUGAUGAUAUCCGGAUAUAUAUGGUGCCGUGGGAGUAGAUAUAUAGAGGAAGGGAGGAAUUUAUUUGAUCGAAUGCCUAAAAGGGAUUUUGUAUCUUGGAAUACAAUGAUCAGUGGGUAUGCGAGAAAUGGGAGGAUGGAUGAUGCAUUACGUCUUUUUAAUAGUAUGCCCGAGCGGAAUGUGGUCUCUUGGAAUGCAAUGAUUACUGGGUUUUUACAGAAUGGUGAUGUGAAAAGUGCAGUUGAAUUUUUUGAGAGAAUGCCCACACGUGAUGCCGCUUCCCUUAGUGCACUUGUAUCGGGUCUAAUUCAGAAUGGCGGAUUAGACAAGGCUGCAUCUGUGCUGCUUGAAAGUGGGAAGAGGGAUGAUGGUAGAGUAGAUUUAGUUCAUGCUUAUAACACCUUAAUUGCGGGUUAUGGUCAUAGAGGGAGGGUUGAUGAAGCUAGACGCCUUUUUGAUCAAAUUCCAUUUUACCAUGAUCAAGAAAAUGGUGAUAAUGGGCGGUUUGAAAGAAAUGUGGUAUCAUGGAAUACCAUGAUAAUGUGCUAUGUGAAACAAGGCGAUAUUCUUUCUGCUCGGGAGCUCUUUGACCGAAUGACAGUGCGUGAUACUUUCUCUUGGAACACCGUGAUCAGUGGUUACGUUCACAUGUCAAAUAUGGAAGAAGCCUUAAAUUUGUUCCAUAAAAUGCCAAAUCCUGAUGAUUUUUCAUGGAAUUGUAUGAUCACGGGAUUUUCCCAGAUGGGUAACUUGGAACGUGCUCGUGGUUUUUUUGAAAGGAUGCCCCAGAAAAACCUGGUUUCAUGGAAUUCCAUGAUAGCAGGAUAUGAGAAAAAUGGAGACUGUGUGCAAGCAAUAAAGCUUUUCAGUCAGAUGCAAGUUGAAGGGGAGAAACCUGAUCGACACACCUUGUCUUCGAUUCUCAGUGUUUGUGCUGAUUUUGUGGUGCUGCCUCUGGGUAUGCAGAUACAUCAGCGGGUCAUUAAAGUAUUUAUUCCAGACGUACCAUUAAAUAAUUCCCUGAUUACUAUGUAUGGGAGAUGUGGUGCAAUAUCCGAGGCAAGGGCCAUUUUUGAUGACAUGAAAUUGCAGGAAAAUGUAAUCUCCUGGAAUGCCAUGAUUGGAGGAUAUGCAUCUCAUGGAUUUGCAGCAGAGGCUCUAGAACUUUUUGAAUUAAUGAAGAGGCUUAAAGUGCAGCCUACUUAUAUUACAUUUAUUUCAGUUUUGAAUGCAUGCGCCCAUGCUGGCUUAGUGGAACAGGGCAGGAUGCAUUUCAAAUCCAUGGUUAGUGAUUUUGGCAUUGAGCCAAGGAUAGAACAUUUUGCCUCCCUUGUGGACAUUGUGGGUCGGCAUGGCCAAGUUGAGGAGGCAAUGAACUUGAUUAAAAGCAUGCCCUAUGAGCCAGAUAAGGCUGUAUGGGGUGCACUAUUGGGUGCUUGUAGGGUGCAUAACAAGAUAGAGUUAGCCAGAGUUGCAGCUGAAGCAUUGAUGAGGCUCGAACCAGAAAGCCCUGCUCCUUAUGUGUUGCUAUAUAAUAUGUAUGCUGAUGUUGGCCAAUGGGAUGAUGCAGCCGAAAUUAGGAUUAUGAUGGAAAGAUGUAAUAUCAAAAAGCAAGCCGGAUAUAGUUGGGUAGACUCCUCCAAUUGCUAAUGAUAUUUAUGUACUGAUCGGAAGUUGUGAUCAAAUUUUCAAAGUUUUGACAUUGACAUCAAUUGGGUGCCAUUUGUGUAUACAACACAUCCCAAGAGUUAUGAUUUGCAAUUGUGGAAGUAGAAUUAUGAAGCAAUCAUUUAAAUGCUGCCGAGACAUAUUAUUCAUUUUUACUGCUUUAUGGAAAUGGGACUACACUUGAGGCAUUUUUGAACAUUGGGACCUUCAAUUUGCUUUGGGAGAAUUUGUUCGUGUUGACAAACUCUUGCAGCUAGUGAUGGACCCAGGAGCAGGAAUGCUUAGAGCUUAGAAAGGAAAGAGACAAGAAAGAGGAGCAGCUUAAGUCUGUAUUUUCACACGUUGAAGCAAAAGAUGCUGAGGGUCAUUGUUCAAAGAUUAAAAACUUGUGAAAGUUCCAUAUUUUGUCUGCCUUGUAGUCUCCUGUACGUAUGGCCUAUUCAUGCUUGCACCAGUGUCCGCUUCCUGUUUUUGUUGUUCCAUGAGAGUAUAAAGGAGAAAACUGGUGGGAUUUCUAUGCAAGGGAUUGUUUCUGUAUAGAAAGCAAAGUUGCUGCUGAUGCAUAUGUUGAUAUGGAAUGGUGUUUCAAUGAUCUUAAAGAAAGAAAAGGUUCAUGCCUAGAAAUUUACCGGACAUCGUGUGCUUAUCUGCUCUGCCUUUGUCUGUAAGGAUAUUCCAAGAAUGCCACUUCAUUUUUUUUAGAUCACACUUUGUACGGUAAGGGUAUGCCCUCCUUACCUUUCCACUUAAUUUCUUGAAGUUAAUAUUAUAACUCCUUCAAGAUCUGUCUUGCCAUUUUUGACUCUUUUGUCUGCAUUGAGCAAGAAUUAGAGGAGAGGCAAGCCAGAAAAUUGAAUGCUUUCAAAGUGAAGUUGCCUAUGGGGGAUGGAAUCCAGUGGACUGAGUCAUCAGUUGAUGGUGCAGGAUGCGCAAUGUGAGCUAAGGGACAUGUGAGAGCUCCCAUUGUUGAACUUCUUUUUUUAUUGACAAAAAACUCACACAGAUGGGUGGACUUAGAAGUUUAGUUAAGGGAGGCAAGAUUGAAAUUUUGUAAUAAUUUCAGGGGGGAAAGCAAAAAAUAAUAUGGUAUAUUAGUCAAAAAAAUAAAAAUUCAAGGAGGACAACUGCCCCCCUCACUUACACAUAGGUCCGUCUCUGCACAUGCCUUCACUUUGUUCUUUUAAAGAUUCAAAUCUUUACUUUGCUCUUUUAAAAACUCGAAUCUUCAUCAUCCACUUCGAGAGGUAGAAGAGUUAUCACUCUUUUAAAGACUCGAAUCUUCACCCCUUUUUUUUUUUUUUUUUUUUUUUUUCAGUUAGGUACUCACACACACAUGCAUUCAUGGAGGUUCGAAUCCCUGACUUCUCUUUGAGAAGUAAAAACUUAAUACCGUUAGGUCACUGACUUAUUAAUCCUUAUCUUGUUCUUUUAAAGACUCAAAUUCUCAUCAUCCACUUCGGGGAGAUGGAAGAGCUACCACGCAACCAAGGCACUUUGUCAAAAUGAUGUACAGUUGUAUUGGUCAUUCAUGUUAUUUGUCCUAUCUCAUUGUUGAACUAAUUUUUUAAUUUUUUUUGGUUUAAAUAAUAAGUGGAUGUCUUAUAUCGGGCCUAUGAUUCUUCUUUUGCCAACUCAAUUUUGUAAAAUCAGAGCUCUGAAUAUGUCCACCAAAAAAAAAAAAAAUUAAAUAAAAAGAAUUGGUACAUGUCUAAAUUCUCAAUUGUUUGAAUUUGAAGAUGAACCAUGAUUACUUGUGGCAUGUACUGAAUGGAGAGGGUUGGAUUUUAUUAAAAAGGAAAUUGCAAAAAUAAAAGAAAAAAUCAUUUUGACUUGAGGGGAUGUAGAGUUCUUUGUUCAAAUGAUGGGGAUGGAUCUGCUAUGGAGGUUUGUUUAAAUUAGCACAUUUUGGAGAAAAUAAAUAAAUAACUAAAUAUCAUAAACUCUUUUUUAAAUUAGCACAUUUUUAAGAAAAAAAAAAUAAAUUAAUGCAUAAAUUACAUCGUUGCGUAAUCAAUAUUAGAGUGAUCUCACUUUAAAAUAAAAAAGAAUAUUCAUAUCAAAAUAUCAU